CAAAAUGUAGAUGAGUUUGAGCCAAAAGCAAAGUUUGCACCAGCUAUUCCCCUUCCACCUCUGGCAGAACAUUUCAAUGGAGAGGAGAAUGAAACUGAGGUAUUGUGUUAUAGAAAUUUCAUUUAAUAAAUUGUUUAGUAGCAGGUUGUCAUCCAUAUUUGAAAACACCAAUUUUAGUUUCAUAAUUAAAUAUUCACAUUUAAAAAAGUUAUUUUUACUUUUGCAAAUUAAACAUUUUUUUAAAACAUCUAAUGAAAUAGGAUAUAUAUAUAUAUAUAUAUAAACAUAUAUAAAUAAAUGCUUUGAAAUACAAAUUUGCUCCACAGAUUAUAGUUGAAACAUGUUGGAUAUAUAGAUAUGAUAAAGAAUCCAAAGUAUGGAAACAAAAAGGACAUGGUGCAUUGAAGAUUCUUGAAAACAAUUCAAAAAUUCAGUUCAGAAUUGUUAUGCGGAGAGACCAGGUG